AUGGGGGCAUAUGAAUCGGAUUUUGAGCCCAGCGGCUCCGACAGCUGCCAACAUCUCUCUGGAUCGGAUGAUAACAGCGAUGCAGACUCAGCCCGUUCCGUGAUUCUCGGCGAGGAUGCGGAAGAGGCACACAGCGUGAGCGACGGCUCCGCGAACCAGCAGUCACCGCGCAAACGGUCCGGCGAGGACGACCAUGCGCUGCGGCCCUUUAAACGCCAACGAAGUCGCCUGAACCCCGACUACCUCGACAUGCUCAACAAGGACAUUGAAGAGGCGGCGCUUAGAGUGUGCCUAGACGACGACGACGACGACACUGUCUUGCCGGAUUCGCAGCUGGGACUCACGUACUGGUCGUCGCCCGAGAAGCAUCGAUUCUUUGAGGCACUGGCCCGCCUAGGCCGGCACGACCUCCCUGGAAUUGCGCAGCGCGUCGGCACCAAGAGCACCAUCGAGGUCAAGCACUACCUGCUCGUGCUGCACGAGGCCGUCGCCGCCCGCAGCGCGUCAUUCAGUCGCUACCUGGCGCCCACCGAGUACCCUGCUGCCGUCGAGCUGACGCCGCCUUGCUGCCACGCUCAGGAAGAGGCUGCAGAUGCGGUAUCGCUCAUGCAAGAAGCUCGCGAGAACCAGCGCGAGGAAGACAGGUGGCAGAAAUACUGGGACAUUACGCCCAAGCUGGCCGCUGAGCUGAGAACGAAGAAACCGAAGGACGAUGCAGCGUCGAAACUGGCGUUUACACGUCUAUUUCAUGUCUCGCGGUGGCUGAAUCUGUCGAAUCACGUGUUUAUGAACUCGACUAUUCCCGGAAAUAACUGGCGCAACGUUGACUCGAGACCGCCGUCCAUGUGGGCGACAACGCUGGAGGACUUUCACUCCCUCGCGUUGUCUCUUACGCGGCGCUUGCUGCAGGCGACGCUGUUCAUCACCAUGUCGCGGAUCAGAGCAAAAUCAGAGUUGGGGGAUGGCAUCAGAAACACUGUGCGGAAGAGGGACGUGGAAGCGGCCGUUGCGUCGCUCGGGCUCCCGCACAACAUGAGUGACAUGUGGCUCAAGAGCGCUCGCCGCUUACGACUUGACGUGUAUGAAAACCCACCAACACGCAACAAAUACGAAGAGGAGGAAGAAGAGGAAGGGCCGAUGACGUAUGACGAAGUUGAGGCGGUACUCGGCCCCAAGGAGCCGUCUCCCGCCCCGGGCGUCGGGUCCGAUCUCGCCGGUUUCAACAUGGACCCGCUAAACUCCAGCGACGAAGAGGACGACUUGGCCGCUGACGACUCGGCCACUGACGACUCGGCCGCUGACGACUCGGCCGCUGACGACUCGGCCGCAGACGACUCGGACGCGGAAGGCCAACGGGACCACCAGCCCUUGGAUGCGGAGGCAUGCGCUGUCAACCGCGAGGUCAAUGAGAUGCUGUGGUUCGCAGCAGCGGGCCUCCGCGACCUGCCGAACACGCGCCGCGCGCUCCGGCUGCGUGUCGAGGCGGAGCGGCGGCAGGAGCGUGAGGCCGACGCCUUCGAUGAGCAUGCGAGCAACGCGGCCGAGACGGCCAUGUGGGCGCUGUUGCACAGGGCGGCACCCGCGCCGCGGCCCAAGCCGGCGCGCCCCGCGACAGUGCGCCACUCAACCGUGGACCUCGAGAACCUGUACCCGAUGAACAGGACGUGGGCGGACGACCUCGAGUACCGGGCGGAGUGGGAGACACUGCAAAAACCAGUUAACACAGUGACUCACGACAAUGAAGACGAAUACGACUAG